ACUGUCUUGUCAAUUGCAGCAACUGUUUUUAAAUAUUCCGUAUUUCAGUUGAAUACACGGCGUUUUAUUGUCUAAAGGUCCCUAGAAGGCACCUCAUAUAAAUUUCAAGUGAUAUUCGCUAUGGAAGGCAUGGAGGGUUUUGAAUAUAUGGUGAAUCCACCAGAGUUGCCCAAGAUAGCCUUUGGCACCAGCCUGCAUCGCGAGGUAAUGCCAACGAGUGGACCCUGCAUGGACAGCUUUAUGCGUUCGCAUCAGGUGGAAGGACGCGAGUUUCCAGGUCCGCUGGACUACGACUGCGCCAAGUCUAUAGGCUUCAAGUAUCCCUCCAAUGCAGGCUUCUCCGCGCUGGCCAACAAAACGCCACGUCUGCCCGUAAUACGCGAGCAAAUGAUUCCACCGCUUGGCACCUACGAGCCCACGCCCUGGAUACUGCGCGCUGGCUACACCUUUGACAAGCAAUGGGUCAGAGCACCCAAAUGGGUUACACCCGGUCCCUCCACCUACUCGAUUCACAACAAAUAUCCAAAUUAUCAAAUAGAAACCGCCUUUGGCUCGCGUCGCAUUAUCUGGCCCGCUGUGGUUGUCUUCUGUGGUCCCUACAACUCCGCCCAGUGCUUGACUUGCCACCAGCGCCCCAUUGGCGAUUACUUUCAUAGCUUUGCCAACGACAAGGACAUGUGCCGCAAGUGCAUGCACGUCGAGCAGGAUAUUAUUAAGAACUGCAGCCUGGGCGUAGUCGAGCGUUGCAUCAAGCGGCGCGAGAUGAAGCAAUAUGUGCCCGCACGCUAUUGUGACUUCUUCCAUGAUCAUGGUGGCACUUCGGCCAAGACGGAGCUUACCACACGCAAGCAGCUGCGCGACAAAAUACGCGUCGAAAAUUAUUUGUAUCGCUUGACGCAAAAGUUGGAGUGAUGUGCACAGAUCACUAAUAUUUUAAAUUUGUAUAAAGUAAAUACAAAACUUAAGUAAUGCUACGUUUUUAUAUAAG